UGUAGGAUAUUUUUAUGAUGUCCCUAGGACGCCAGUAGGGUGUCCUUAGGAUAAAAAGAUAUCAAUAUCCGUGAGAUAUUUCGUUCACUUAUUCAAUGUAUAAUAGUAUUUUAAUUUAUAAAGUGUUACUUUAUGUAAAUCGUGCUAUCCUGAGGAUAUCACCAUGUAUUAAAAAUAUCACCAUGUAUUAAAAACAAAUAAUGUUAGGAUAUUAUAUGGUUAACUUAGUGAUAUGCCUAGGGUAUUUUCAUAAUUUCCAGAGAAUAUCUUAUGGAUAUCCUCAGAUAUCAUUAAGAUGAUCCUAGGAUACUUUACUUACCUACUUUGCCUUAAAUAUUUCCUUUUCCAGCAACUCACUUCUCUAUACAUUUCCGAAAGGUAAUAAUUGCACCGCCCCUGUUUACCUGGAUCCUCUAUUUACCCUUAUAUUUACCAGUUAAAUCGAAGCAUUCGUCGUGAAGAGAACACUGUGUUGAAAACUUAAAAGAUUUGCCACAUUUUGUGUCUUGUGAUUUUUAGUGUGUGAUUAUUUGGAAUAUUCAUUAAAAACAAGCAGAAUGGCUAGCACAGUAUUAACUGCAAAACCAUUUCAGUUAAUUCAAUUUAUUCAAGUGGGUAGACAGCCGAAAAAAAGGUCCGUGGACAUCACCCUAUUUAAAUGGAUGAGAUACGAUAAAGUUAAGAAAAGACUUGUUUCAAAAUUUAUGCCUGAACCAUACACUGAUGAAACAAAGAAUGUACUCUAUGACAUGAUUCGGAAGCAACAAAAAGCACCACUGAAUUGGCCAGAGUACUGCAUAAAAAUCCUUGGACAUGCAGAUUCUUACGAACAAUCAGUGGAUCGUCUAAAUAUUCUGCGCAUGGAAGAAUAUGCGUUCACGACCGACGCAGAAAUAGACAACAUUUCAAAAAAAGAACAAAUUGAACAAUUAGUUAAAGAUUAUAAUCCAUAUGAUGAUAAUCUAAAUAAUAUUCUCAAGGCACCCUCUUUAAAUGAGAUGGUAUUAGAAAGGAAUGAGAUCAAAGUGUCUGAUCCUCUUGCAGUAGCAGAUGAGCAAGAAGAUGGCUUUUUAGAUGACAUCUCUAAUACACCUUCCCGAAUGCAGAUAAACAAAUUUAAAAGAAAAAUGUCCUUUUCUGCUACAAUUGAUGAUGAGAACGAAAAUAAUACUGUACCGACAUUUCCAAAAAAAAGAAGACAUGAUCUUUCUUCGGUUUUUAAAAAAAAAGGAAACCAUUAUGUAGGUAGCAGUGAAGAGGAGGAUAUACAACCUCGAAAAAUAGUAAAAACAUUAAAUAAUAAUAAUAAUAAUAUAAAAAAAAAGCAAAUGAGAUUAAAUUCCAAACUUGCUUAUCUAAAUGAUGGUAAAUCUAAUAAAAGACCACUUUCGAUAGAUGAAACUUCAAUACAGAAUACAAUUAACAAUGCAGUUCUAGAAAAAAUGAAUAUGCUCAUAGGAAUGGUUGUUGAUCUCAAAAAUGAAGUUAGUUUUCUGAGGGCUACAAUGGAAGCUGAAAAAAGUUCAAAAUAUACAAAAGAAGGAACAUUUGAAGCAGAUUUUGAUAUUCAGUUUCCACUACAGAACUUGGAUGAUUUACUCGAAAUUGAUUCUAAGCUCUCAAGCGAAGAAUGCUGUCAACGCUUUAAGGGAACUUUGGACUUUCAUUUAAAUUCUAACGCAGAACAUCGCAGAACGCUGGGAACAUUAACAAGAAAAUUUCUUAGCAGAAGUUUAAUAUCAAGUCUUACUGUAGCUAAAAAAGUUUCAGGAAAAGAACUAUUUAAAGACUUCAAAUUUUGCAAAUAUUUAGUAGAAGUAGCUGCUCAGAAAUUAAAAAUAACAGAAGAUCAAGUAAUGGUGCACCUUUCUGCAAUUUUUAGCUAUGCAAAAGAUAAUAGAAAGAGGAUAGUAUUUGUAAAAGUUUAGUGCAUUUAAGAAUUUAAUUAUGUCUCCAAUUGAUGUAUUAACUGAUGAGCAAUUCCAUGUGAAAUGAAGUAGUAAAAAUUUUAAUUUUCUAAGAAUAUGGCUUAAAACUUUGUCACAUUUUUGUUGUAUAUAAAAGUAAUGGGUCAGAAUUCAUGAAAUUUUCACAAAAAAUAAAAAGAAUUUUUUUUAAAUCGAAAUGUUAAAA